UUACUAUGUUUGUCAAAAAUCAACCAAAGAAAAAAUCAUUUCAUCAUAAGUAGCAAUGGCUCUCAAGUCCUUAGUACUAACCAUUGCCAUAAUGGCAGUGUUAUCUUCAAUGAGCCAUGCAGGUGAACCUAGCCCUCUUCAGGAUUUCUGUGUUGCUGUUGACGAUGCCAAAAAUGCUGUUUUUGUAAAUGGAAAAUUUUGCAAAAAUCCAAUGCAAGUUGUGGCGGAUGAUUUCUUUGAGUCAGGGCUAAAUGUACCUGGUAAUACUUCAAAUCCACUUGGAUCUGUGGUGACUCCUGUGAACGUCAACCAAUUACCUGGACUCAACACUUUUGGCGUUUCAUUAGUUCGUAUUGAUUAUGCACCAUAUGGUCUCAACCCACCACACACACAUCCUAGAGGAACCGAGGUUCUUACUGUCUUUGAGGGCACGCUAUAUGUUGGUUUUGUCCUAUCAAACCCUGGUCCAAAUAUGAAGAACAAGCUCUUUACCAAGAUUCUACAUCCUGGAGAUGUGUUUGUCUUCCCAAUAGGUCUCAUUCAUUUCCAAUUUAAUGUGGGAAAGACUAAUGCAGUUGCAUUUGCUGGACUGAGCAGUCAAAAUCCAGGAACCAUCACUAUUGCAAAUGCAGUAUUUGGCUCAGACCCACCAAUCAGUGACGAUGUUCUUGCAAAAGCAUUCCAAAUUGAUAAGAAAGUUGUGGAUUACCUCCAAUCACAAUUCUGGUGGGAUAACAAUAUAUAACUAAAAC